AUGCAGGUGGAGACAGGGCCCGCCCCGGUCCAAACUGGCAUCAGUGUCAACGAUGCCAUGUUUGUCAACGACGGUGACUCGCCGAAGAAGAUUCAGUCGUCCAUGUUCACGGGAGAUGAGGGGCAGAGGAAAGGUCAUGGUCGUGGGCAACGCAACCAGCGGAAGAAUCAGACACCACAUGCGCAGUCCCCACCGGCCGCUGGAUGGGCUCCGCCACCUCAUCAGGCACUUCCGCCAGAUCUCGGAGCGUUUGGGGGGUAUCCCAACCCCUACGCAGGAAUGCCGCUUCCCUACACGCCUGGUCCCCCGCCCCCAGCUGGCUACAAUGCAUACAUUCCGUACCCACCCCAGCCCUAUGCCAUGAUGCCGCCUCCCAACAUGUACCCAGGGAUGCCUGCUAUGCCGAUGUUUCCUGGAAUGCCUCCUGUGCCUUCGAUGCCUGAGCGCCUUGCACGGCUCGAGGCGAAGUCUCGCAACAACAAGCCCGAGGCUGCCGGAGGAGGAGGAAAGAACCAACGGGAGCCGAAAGGCAAGAGGCGGACUAAGGGCAAGAACUCCAAGGAUGAGCCAAGUGCUGCAAUCGAAGACGACGCGAAUCUCAGCCUUCUGCUGAACCAGGUUCGGCGAAGACAGCGUGACGUCUCCCUCGAAGAGGUGUUGAGCGAGAAAUUGGUCGUCGAGUUCGCGAAGGAUCAGCACGGCAGUCGGUUCCUCCAGACAAAGUUGGAUGAGGCACCCGACGAUGUCAAGCGGAUGGUCUACGCGGCGAUCCAGGAAGACGCUGCGGAGCUGUCGAAGGAAGUUUUCGCUAAUCAUGUGGUCCAGAAGAUCUUUGACACGGCAGACACGGAGCACUCCACUCGGUGUUUCAAUCGGUUGCAGGAUGUUGGAGGUGAGCCUACGUUUGCUGCAGAAGAAGGCUGGAGCUUGCAGAACGCCUGUGAGAGCCGACUCGGUUUGGACGCCUUGGUGCGAGCGCUGGCGGAUAAUGUCGCAGCGCUGUCACAAGACCAGUAUGGCUGCCGUGUCAUCCAGAAGGCGAUCCAAGCGGUCUCCAAAGAGUCCCAGCAGCAGAUUGCGCGGGAGUUGGAGGAUCACGUGGAGUCCUGCAUCAGGAACAUGCAUGGAAAUCACGUGAUCCAGAAAUGCAUCGAGCAGAUGCCACCGGACUCCGUUAACUUCGUCAUCAAAGCGGUGGAGCAGAAGGCAGAAGAGACGGCACGGCAUGUGUACGGUUGUCGUGUGAUUCAGCGGCUUCUCGAACACUGCGUAUCAGCACAGCUGGAACCAAUGUUGGAGAAAAUCCUCGUGAAUGUGGCUGUGCUGGCAAAGGACGCUUAUGGCAAUUAUGCUUUGCGCUCAGCCAGUUUGACAGAGGAGACGUCUUCCAACGUGCAACCUCCCAAGCGCAGAGUGCAGGUUGUGCAGCACAUGCUGGAGCACGGCCGCAAGGAAGACAAGAAACGAAUUAUUGAGACGAUCCGGGCAAACAUUGCUGAAUUCUCGAAGGAAAAGUUCUCCAGCAAUGUGGUCGAGAAGUGCUUCGAGGCGGCGACUGUGGGUGAGAAUGCGGACGACCCACUGAUCCAGCAGGAGCUGGGCAGUUCAACAGCCUCCCACGAAACCUCCCUGGCCAUCUCGCAGGAGCGCAACUUGCUGAUGCGAAUGGUGCUGGAGAGGCCAGAGGUCAUCUACGCCAUGUGCACCAACACCUACGGCAACUACGUUGCCUGCCCGUGGAGCUUGCAGCCUGCAGCCAUGGCUUUCAAGGCCCCCAGCUCGGGCUCGGGUAUGGCUGCGUACAUCCUGCGGACGGGUCUGCGAGGCAUGCGAGGCACCGUCGCCGGUGGCGUCGGCUUGACAGUCUUCGGGCUCGUCAUCUGCCCCUACGUCAGUUCACGCUCACCAAUUGGACACGAAGAGCGAGCUUCACUGGAGCAGGACUUGCUCGGGAUUGUGGCCUUCGACUCGUCUCGCGAGCUGCUGACCGCUUCAGAGCUCUUGGCAGCUGUGCGUGAGAUGCGAAUGCCUCCGGUGUCCUUCCACGACUUGCAGCGACCCUCGUUCUUCCGCCUUUUCGAAUGGGUCGGACGCUUCACCUUUGCAUGCUAUUCCGAUGCCUCUGGUGUAAUGACGCUUGACGAGUUCAAGUGCGCCGUCCACAAAAUGAUCGAUCUGGUCUUGGAGGCACACAGCCUCUCGCAAGGAAAGGCUGCUGCUCCUGCUGAAGCACGCGCCCAAGCAGUGCGCGAGCUCACCAAGCACGUGGUCCCAGCCGUCUUCCGAGUUCUGGACUUUGAUCAGAACGGAAGUAUUGGCGCCUUCGAGUUUAUCCGCGGAGCGCUGCUCUUGCUGGCAACCGUGCAGGGUGCUCCGUUGGAUACGCCGCAGUUGGCGGACUUGGCCUUCCGAGUUGUUGACGCAGAUGCGGAUGGUUUGGUUACCAGCGCUGAGCUGCUUCGAUGGGUCACGCUGGCCUUGGAGCAUGGCGUGACUUCUGCAGACGUGCUUCGUGAGCCUCGGGGUCCUUUCGGGUGGUUUGGAACCCGCAUACUGACGCCAGCACAACUUGCAAAAAGAUGGCUCGCGGAGGCUGACUUCGAUCGUGAUGGAAAGCUCCUUCCGCAGGAGUUCGCAGUCCUUGCUCCGCGACUUCGAAUCCAUCAGACGAUUGGCAGGAUGGCCGGUCAGUAUGCGGAGAAUCGCUUGCCUGCAUCAGCCUAG